AUGGCUUCACUUGGUGCUGCUGGGUCUGCUGGGUUUGUUGGUGCUGCUGGGUUUGCAUCUGCUGCUGACUUGCUUGGGGCUACACCUGAUGUGGUUCAUGUAGAGGGUGAUGCACCUAUGGAAGUGCCUGCCCAGGGGGGUGCUGGUGGUGCAAGGCCCCCCAUGAGGUGGAAUAACAACUCAUAUGGGUUUGUCCUUAGGAGGACGGCCCAAAUUGUGUCUAAUGGGAGUAGGGCUGACAAGUGCUUCAAGGAUAAGGAUGUGAACUCAGUGGCAAAGCUUCUUAGGGAGUAUACUGGUGAGGUUGUGAGCCUUACUCAAGUGUACAACCACUUGAGGAAGUGGAGGCAGAAGUGGGCUAGGGUUUGGUCUAGUGAGCCUCUUGGUGUCAACCAAGUUGACAGUGUGGCAGCUAAGAUAGAGGGUAAUGGAUUCACCUAUGCUGCUGAUGUGAAAACCACCACUGAGGUUGGUGAGGGUAGCAAGGCCAUUGAGCUGCUCACAUCAAUAGUUGGGGGAAAGAGGACGAGGCCCAACUUCAGUGAGGAUGAGAUGCUUAUGAUGACCAACAUGACAGAUGUUGUCAACAAUGUGGCUAAUGCACUUAGGGAGACAGGUCCUGCACAUGUGGAUCCUAACCUCUAUCUUGCAGUCAUGGAGAUGCAUGGCUUCACCACUGAAGCCCUCAUUGUUGCCUACACCUACCUGCUAGAAAACAAGGCCCUUGGCAUAGGCUUUGUGAACAUUGCAAUUAGCCAUAGGGACAUUUGGCUAAGAAACUACCUUGCCAAGAACUACUAUAUGUAG